UGUGUGUUUGUCAAUGUGUUUUAACAGGACAAUUGGUCCGAAUACACACCACACUAGAAGGACAUUUUGAAUUAACAGGACAGGAGCAGUGUCCUGCUAAUUUCGACCAAAUUCUAAAAGUGUAGAAUGGUUUCUAUUGGUCUAUUAACCCUAAAAAUGCAAAAAAAACAAGAUGUCCGUUUAAUACAUAUAAACAUGAUUUGUGUGUACAAUCUGUGUAUCACCACAGCGCCCCCUACGGCAGGUUGUGUACUAGCAAGACUUCAUGAAUAUGCACACAGCGUCUUAUGCUGAUUGGUUGUCUGCCGGAAGGUCCUGAUAAUUACUACACUGUCCUUCCAAUUCAAAUCGCUAUUUACACAGGGGAUGAGUUAGCAAUACGAUAAAAGCAAAAUGUAUUAUAAACCAUGUAUCUUGAAAUAUUGAAUGAAAUUAACAAAAUAUUACGUAAGUAAAUUGUUUUCUUCUUCCUGAAUAAAUCAAACAAUAUGCUCUUUAGAAACGAAAAAGGAAUUCUUAUUUUGUCAUACCCCUCCUCUUCUAUCAACGUGGUACAAUCCGUCAAGUUUUGCCGCGAAACAUCAGUACUUUCUAAUUGAACACCUCUCAUCCCUGCAUGCGUGGAGGACGAGGAGAUGGCAGGAACAAGGCCACAGAGAGCGAAAACAAAUCCUAAAGAUGAUGCUAGUUAUUAUUGCUCCUUGGGUAAAGAUAAGGAAGGGUUUGAUGUCAAAUAUAUAAAUUCAUAUAAAGGUCGGGGUGUGUUCAGCUGCCGGUGCUUUCCAAAGGGAGAUUUCCUUAUUGAGUACAGAGGGGAAGUCAUAAGUAGAAAGGAACAAGAAAACCGAUUGAAAGUUUAUCAUGAUGCACUCAAGGUUUUUAUGUUUGAUUUCCAGUUCAAUGGACAACAGUUAUGUGUUGAUGCUGCCAGAGAGGAUGGAUCAUUAGGGAGACUGGUAAAUGAUGAAGAGGCAAAUCCAAACAGCAAAAUGAAGGUUACAAGAGUGGAUGGAAGACCCUAUCUCUGUUUAUUUGCACUCAAAGAUAUUGGUCCAGGGGAAGAAAUCACUUAUAAUUAUGGUGAUUCUGACUGGCCGUGGAGAAGCAAGAUCUCCAAAGAGAUGCCAUGCCAGGCUGAGGAUGUGGACGCAUGCGGAUCCUUUUCAGGCAACACACUAGAGAUCUCCAAAGAGAUGCCAUGCCAGGCUGAGGAUGUGGACGCAUGCGGAUCCUUUUCAGGCAACACACUAGAGGACUGUGAUCAUGAUGUCAUCCCUGUCGAAAUGUCAAGUUUAGAAAAAUGUGUUACAUGUGGAGGACCUUUUUCUCCUCUGAAAUGGAGUGGUGUGAGAUGUAAAGUUUGCAAUCAGUCCUGGCACAAAAAGUGUUAUAUUAAACACAAUGUGGACGUCACUGAACUUCUGCAAGUGGUCUGUACAGAACAAAGUUCAAGUGAGGUGGCAUCAUCAGAAGAGGAGUAUGUUCCUGAUUCCAUAGAUGAUUCAAACAGCUCGUGGGAUGACAGAUCAGAGCCUUUAGAAAUCAGUCACAAACAAGUACAGAAUUGUGAGGUCUCCACCAGCAAGUCUGCUUCCAAAAAGAAAAGACACCACCAAGGAAGUUUUGUACAGGAAGACAGAGAGUCAAUUUCUAAAGAUGCAGAAUCAGUACCUGAAGAUAUGAUCAGCACAACUCAGCUUGAAGUAUCAAGAGUUACUGCCAAAGUAGGAAACGCUGAUGCCGAAGGCAUUAUGGUUGAUGAUGGUGCUGAUGCUACAGCGGAAAAUGUCUCAAAUACAUCAGCCUUGCUCAGAAAUAGAACUUACUGCUACAUUUGUGGAAAGAUACAGACAAAGUUUACACGUCACUUAAAAACUCAUGAGAAAACACAUGCAGAUGUUGCUCAAGUUUUAAGUCUUCCCAAGAGGUCCAAAAAACGUAUGAAAAUGCUUUUAAAGCUUCGCAACAAGGGAAACCACAGUCAUAACUCAGAGGUCUUGGUGAGUGGAGUUGGAUCACUAAAACUAAGACGCACAUCAAAGAAAAAGUACAAUGCAAAAGACUACAUUCACUGCAUCUACUGCCAGGCAUUAUAUCUCCGGCGAGAUCUGUGGCGACAUGUUCGACAAUGUUCUUCAAAACCAGUAGAAGCUACUUCAGAGACUGGAAGAAAUAAAGUUUUGUCUUUGGCCUCUAUGAAUGAGUCAUCACUGUGUCAGCAGAUAUCACCAGGUGUUUGGAACAUAUUAGCUGUUAUGAAAGAUGAUGAGACAACUUCUACUGUGCGAAGUGACUUCUCCAUUCUUCAGCUGGCCCAAUCAUUCUUCAACAAAUAUGGACAGGAUCCCACCAAACAUCAGUACAUUCGCCAGCAACUCAGAGAGACUGGAAGACUUCUGCUUACGCUUCGCAAGGAAUUCUCAAUACAUACUCUUGAGGAUGCUGUGAGACCUGCAAAUUUUGAUGUGGUCAUCAAAGCGGUCAAGAAAGUAUCUGGGUAUGAUGAAGAAAAGCACUGCUUCCGUACUCCAUCCCUUGCUCUAAAGUUAGGUCACUCACUACAGAAAGUCAGUGAUAUUUUAUAUUGCAGAGCACUCAUGGCAGAAGACAGUACGCUGAUAAAGUCAACCCAGAGUUUCAAAACUCUCUAUUCUACAAAGUGGUCUGAACUCAUCUCUCACACCGCUUUAACUACGCUGAACGAGCGGAAGUUUAACAAGCCUUCCACUCUUCCUUUCACAGAAGAUGUUCAACGUCUUCACAGACAUCUUGAGAAGACUACAGAACAAGCAUUGAAAGACUUGGAACACCAUAGUUCAUCAAAAUCAUACAGUGAACUGUGUAAAGCCACCAUGGCAAACGUAAUACUUUUUAACAGGAGAAGAGGGGGAGAAAUUUCAAAGAUGCCGAUGAAUGGCUUUUUGGAGAGAGACACAAGUCCCUUGCAUAAGGACGUCGCAUUUGGACUGACAGAAUUUGAACUUCACCUUUGUCAACACUUUAGUCGUGUUGAAUUAAGGGGUAAAAGAGGCCGGAAAGUUGCAGUGUUACUUUCACCAGACAUGGUGAAUGCCAUAACACGCCUAGUAGAAAAAAGAAAAGACUGUGGUGUUCUGGACGAAAACCUGUUCCUUUUUGCCAGACCUCAUUGUCUGACCCCCUACAGAGGACAGGACUGUUUGAGGCUUUAUGCCAGUGAAUGUGGGGCCGAAAACCCUGAGCUCCUCAGGUCAACACAAUUACGCAAACAUGUUGCAACUUUGUCUCAGAUCUUGAACCUCAAGAAUCACGAAUUGGACCAAGUUGCUAACUUCCUUGGCCACGAUAUUCGCGUUCAUCGUGAAUAUUACAGACUUCCUGAGGCUACUACCCAGCUGGCCAAAAUAUCCAAACUGCUCCUUGCCAUGGAGAAAGGGUCUCUCAGAAACCUUCAAGGCAAAACACUUGACGAGAUAGAAAUUGAAGACAACCUACAGUUGAGUGAGGUCGAUGCUGAGAGUGAGGUCGAUGCUGAGAGUGAGGUCGAUGCUGAGAGUGAGGUCGAUGCUGAGAGUGAGGUCGAUGCUGAGCGUGAGGUCGAUGCUGAGCGUGAGGUCGAUGCUGAGCGUGAGGUCGAUGCUGAGAGUGAGGUUGAUGAAGGAAAUCUCACAUAUCCACAGACUGGUUGUGCAGAACUGUUGAUGGUCGGGCAACCUGUCGAGGAACCUGCGCCAUUAUCACAAGGUUAACUCUUAUCCUCAGUCUACAUGUCACCUUCUUUGAUUGCUUUUAGGCUAUGAAAUAAUGCAUUGUGGAUUCAGACCUUCUUCACUCGUUUCAAUGUUGUUGUCACGGCAACAGUUCAGGUAAAUGGGAGGCAUGUAAGCUAAAUUUCAAGUGAUGUGAAUGUAGAUUACAGAAGUAGUAGCUUUAACCGAUGACCAGGAAAUUAUUUUCAAUCUAACAAUGAACUUUUUGAAUACAUUACAGUGCAACAAGGAACAUAUAGGCCUGGCUGCUGCUUUUCAGUACGCACGACAGCAACGACAGUGCCUUCAAAAUAAAAGCACUUCUAAUCAUAUCAUUCAUAAUGACAAAUCAACUUGGAAGCAAAUAAUGUUCCAGCCUAAGCGCUUUACAGUGAAUCACAAAGUCAACACACAGAUGCUAAGGGGGAAGAACGCAACAGAAGACUAAAAAAGAAGGACAAAGGGCCCAGCAGAAAAAAGAACACGAAGAAACAUUCUGUAUCUCUGGAAAGUGCCAGGAGAGCAAAAAAGCAUCUUUGGUCUCCCAUGGAGGUUGCCGCAGUCAUGAGACAUUUUGGCCAACACAUCAAAAAAGGGAAACUGGCCACUAUGAUUGAAUGCCAGCAAUGCAAGAAGGCUGAAAAUCUUGCUCUGGCUGGUCGCUCUAUCCAAAACAUAAGAGAUUUUGUAAGGAAUCGGGGCGUAACUUUGAAAAGAAAAGAAAAUCCUGGAUAGAUACAACACCCUGCAGCAGAGCUGGAACAUAUCCAACAUCACAUCCUACAUCACACCCAACAUCACAUCCAACAUCCCAUCCAUGACAUAUAACACCAUACAGCUACAGUACAUCACAUCCAACAUCACAUCUAACACCAUACAGCUACAGUACUUCACAUCCAACAUCACAUCUAACACCAUACAGCUACAGUACUUCACAUCCAACAUCACAUCUAACACCAUACAGCUACAGUGCAUCACAUCCAACAUCACAUCUAACACCACAUCCAACACCAGGCCUGUUGUAACUGGAACACUGUUAGACAUGCAUUGGUCUAGUAGACAUGCAUAAUUUCAUUUUGACAUUUAUAAAUGUUUUCCUUUCUGUUCACAAAUACAUUUCUGUUGCUCUGAUAUGUGGUCAAGGCGCUGUAAAAUCCAGUCUACUUCUUUCUGUUUAGUCAUAUUCCAUUUAUCCAUGUUUGGCCUUUUUAAUACACAUAAACUUCACGUUUGUGUAUGUGUAUGGCUAUGGUCCUGAUAAAAAAGUUGGUCCUGGCAAUUACUGUUUGUGUCAUGGGCGGAGCUAAGUACCUCAUUAUCUUGUGUCCUCUUAAUACAGCAUUCCGUCAGGUUCUUGUAUCUUGAGUUCUGAUGUGUGUAUCUAACUUUUGAAGUGAGAUUUGUGCUGUAUGGCUCAAAUAAAAUUUUUGAAGAUUCA